UGAAUGUUUCUGGCUGGGAGGGGAGAAUAAAUAUAAUUUUGAGAGGAUUAUCAGUGUAAAUCAUGGACACAGGGUGAAAGGGCUCUCUCUUUGUGAGUGUCGUGACAGCAAAAUGGCUGAGCCGACUGCAGAGGAUAAUGGCAAACCAACCAGCCAACAAGCACUUUACAUUCCAGAGAAAGAGCCCCCCAAAGAUCCCUGCUGCUCCAAAUUAAAGAUUUUCAUUAUGGCUCUCUCAUUCGCCUACUUCUCCAAAGCUCUGUGUGGAACCUACAUGAAAAGUGCCAUCACUCAGAUUGAAAGGAGAUUUGACGUUUCCAGCUCUGUCGUUGGCCUAAUUGAUGGCGGUUUUGAGAUGGGUAACUUGCUCUUUCUGGCACUGGUCAGUCAUUUUGGUGCGAGACUGCACAGACCACGGUUCAUAGGGAUGGGAUGCUUCCUCAUGGCCAUUGGCUCAGCUCUCACUGGACUACCACACUUCUUCAUGGGGCGGUACAAAUAUGACACAGUAAUUCAAGGCUCUGUAAAUGACACUGUCAGUAUAGAUCCUUGUCAAUAUCCCACAGUUCCAAGUGAUCACUCAAAUGUGCACAUCAAGCCUUCUAAUACCUUUGGAAUAGAAUGUGUCAAGGACACUGGAUCUAGUAUGUGGAUCUAUGUGUUCUUGGGCAAUGCAGUGAGAGGAAUAGGAGAAACACCAGUGACACCGCUCGGCAUCUCUUACAUUGAUGACUUUGCAAAAGCAGAAGACUCAGCUUUUUACAUUGCUUGCCUUCAGACAAUUGCAUUACUGGGUCCCAUGUUUGGAUUCUUGCUGGGGUCCAUGUGUGCCAAACUGUAUGUGGAUAUUGGAUUCGUCAGUGUUGACAGUGUGACCAUCACCCCGAAGGAUGCACGCUGGGUAGGCGCUUGGUGGCUGGGAUUCUUUGUGUCAUCUGCCAUCUUACUGUUUGCUGGUGUUCCGUUCUGGUUCCUGCCCAGGUCUUUAUCCAAACAAGGCGAGGAAGGGGGGGAAAACUCAUAUGUGGAUCAGGGCAACAAGGAGCAAUCUGCUCUCCCCAACACCCACUCAAUGAAACUGGCCGACAUUGCAAAAGCAUUCUUGCCCUCUUUGAAAAGACUGCUAAGCACCCCCACAUACUUCUUGCUGCUGUGUGGGGUUGUUCUGAAGUUCAGCUCUUUCAUCGGCCUGCUGACCUUCAAAGCCAAAUACAUGGAGCAGCAAUUUGGUCAGUCUGCAUCGAGGGCAAACUUCCUUAUUGGUGUUCUGAACCUGCCUGCGGUUGCCGUGGGAAUAUUCUUUGGCGGUUUGUUGAUGAAGAGGUACAAGUUGAGUGUGGUGGCGGGGGCCCAACUCUCCUUCAUCACCUCCUUCAUGGCCUUUCUCCUCCUCCUCCUCCAGUUCGGCACAAAGUGUGACAAUGUCCGUGUGGCCGGCCUCACUAUGUCCUACAAUGGGACUGCUGAGAUAUUGAUUGGUGAGCAUUCACUCAUCUCUCAGUGUAACCAAAACUGUUCCUGCUCUACAUCUGAAUGGGAUCCAGUGUGUUCUGACAGUGGCAUUACAUAUGUGUCACCGUGUUUGGCAGGAUGCACGGGCUCCACUGGACAUGGCAAAAAUAUGGUUUUCCACAACUGCAGCUGUGUCUUGACACCUGCACCAGUAGAGAGCAGCACGUCUGUUUCUCUGGGACAGUGUCCCAGAGGGCCCGAAUGCACCCGAAGUUUCACCUUCUACAUGGCAGUGUCUGUCCUCAGCUCCUUCAUUAACUCUCUGGGCACAACCCCUGGAUACAUGGUCAUUAUACGAUGCAUUACACCCGAGCUGAAGUCACUGGCCUUGGGCAUUCAAACACUCAUGAUGCGAACGCUAGGUGGUAUUCCUGCUCCAAUGUAUUUUGGAGCUUUUAUCGACUCAACCUGUUUGAAAUGGGGAAUGAAGCGGUGUGGAGGCCGAGGGGCCUGUCGUAUGUAUGACUCACAUAUGUACAGAGUCAUAUUUCUGAGCCUCAUCACGUGUUUGAGUGGCUGUUCCUACUUCUUUGUCAUUGCUGUCAUUUUGCGCCUGAGAAAGCAGUUUAGUAAAGAGGAGGUCAACGAACUGCAGCAAACAAUCAGCAAGCAUAAUGAGAUUGAGCUUCAAGCCCCAGAAAUGUGCAACCCUGAUGGAUCCAAAACUGACUCCAGUCCUAGAGAAAAAACAACGGAAGGCUAAAGAGCAGCGAUCACCCUCUGUUGCUCAUUCAGGGAAUUCAGGGAACAGUUAUGUAGAUUAAUAGGUAGACUGAACCCUUCAUGGAGAGGAGGGCAAGCAACAAAUCACUGACUGGAACAGCAGGCCAUGAGAAAUCAGAAGGGCCAUAGGAGCCAACCUAGGCUCAGUAUGUCUUGGUUUAAACUCUAGUAAUGUUCAAUGAUCCAGAGUUUGUAGUGUUCAAAACAAGAAGUGAGAAACAAUCUUUAGCCUAUAUUUCAUGGCUUUAAUUUCCUUUCACACAAAUCAUAAAAAGGCAGAUUAUCAGAUCUCUUACUUUUCACCCUUUUCCUCACACAAUAUUAUCUUAUGACAUCUAAAUACUUUUACUAUAGUGCAUGAGUCGCACCGUGAUACCCAACAUGAUUGCAAUGCAUACCCAACUACAUUUACAAUCUCAAAUUUUGCGGUAGUUCAUCUUAUAGAGAUUUGCACAUAUGAUGCAUAGAACCGAGGUACGAGUCCUAAAGAGCAUGCAAUGAGCAACAGUCAACACAUGAGCCAAAUGGGAUUUGGUUGCUUCAGCAAUUGAGUUUUUCAUCUUAUGCUUGCACUUAUGACACUAUCAGUUAGGUUUAAGUCUAAGGUUAGGGUAGGUAGGUCGGUUUUGUUGAUUGAAAAAUGUAAUAGAGCAUAAACCUUAAAACCUCAUCUGUUUAUGAUGAACUCUCUUUAAGUGCCAUGCGGUGGACAUUUCACUUCGGAACUGGCACAACUGGUUUAAGGAACCCCGUAAAAUAAUUUGGUAAAAAUGUUAGUCAGAAUGUAAUCUGUCCUGUUUUAUCUUUAAAUGAACAGUUACAAGGAAAGGUGUUUCUGCGCCACUAACUGCACCAAACAGAAUGGCAAAACUAAUGACUGUUUCCAGACAAUUUUCCCAAACACUGCCCAUCGGUCACGAUUGGAAUGCACCAGAUUAUUACACUUUUAGGUAAACUCAACCUACAAAUGCCUUAAUGAUAGUUUGGUAGUAGGGAUAGGAGAAGGAAUUGAUAAUGUACAGUUAUUCAAUCGUUAUCGUAAAAUAAAUCCAUAUGGGGUGAUCAAAAGCAUGACGCAUCACUUGUAUCUUGUAUCACUCUGAAGGGGUUUAUUACGCUUAUUACACGGUUACCUACCAAUUAAAUACUGUAAAUAAAUGGACACUAAAUAUUGAUUUGUGUUGAAAUUAAAUAAUUAUGUCAAAAAAAAAAAAAAUCUCUAGAGACUAUAAAUGGCUGAAUUCAAACUCUAGUUUGCAUCAAAAUUCUGUUUGGCUGUUUGACUGCUCUUUAUACCCCUUAUUACAAGACUGCUUGCAAAUCAAUAAAUGACAUGAAAAAUG